AUGGUUGCUGGAGGCUUUGCUAUUCACUCACCUAACUGGUUUAGGUUUCUGGCAAAAAUUCGCUUAUUUUGGAAUUUCGGUGGGAAUUCAGAAGUCACCCUUAAACUCACUACAUAUGGUUCUUAUUCGGUCAUGAUAGAAAGUUGA